CGCAGCGCUUCUUAUGAUCAGCUCGGUGUGUGUCUCCUCCUACCGCGGGCGCAAGUCGGGGAACAAGCCUCCGUCCAAAACAUGUCUGAAGGAGGAGAUGGCCAAGGGCGAGGCGUCGGAGAAGAUCAUCAUCAACGUGGGCGGCACGCGACAUGAGACCUACCGCAGCACCCUGCGCACCCUACCGGGCACCCGUCUUGCCUGGCUGGCGGAUCCCGACGGCGGGGGUCGGCCGGAGUCGGAUGGCGGCGGUGCAGGCAGCAGCGGCAGCAGCGGCGGCGGCGGCGGCGGGAGCUGUGAGUUCUUCUUUGAUCGGCACCCGGGUGUUUUUGCCUAUGUGCUCAACUACUACCGUACCGGCAAGCUGCACUGCCCCGCCGACGUCUGUGGGCCUCUCUUCGAGGAAGAGCUCACCUUCUGGGGUAUCGAUGAAACUGAUGUGGAACCCUGCUGCUGGAUGACCUAUAGGCAGCACCGUGAUGCUGAGGAAGCACUGGACAUCUUCGAGAGCCCGGACGGGGGCGGGGGUGGCGCAGGGCCCAGCGAUGAGGCUGGCGACGAUGAGCGGGAGUUGGCCUUGCAGCGUCUGGGCCCCCAUGAGGGAGGCGCGGGCCCUGGUGCUGGAUCUGGAGGCUGCCGUGGCUGGCAGCCCCGAAUGUGGGCGCUCUUCGAGGAUCCCUACUCAUCCCGGGCAGCCAGGGUGGUAGCCUUUGCCUCUCUCUUUUUCAUCCUGGUCUCCAUCACCACCUUCUGCCUGGAGACCCAUGAGGCCUUCAACAUUGACCGCAAUGUGACGGAGAUCCACCGGGUAGGGAAUAUCACCAGCGUGCGCUUCCGGCGGGAGGUAGAAACAGAGCCCAUUCUUACCUACAUCGAGGGUGUAUGCGUGAUGUGGUUCACUCUAGAGUUCCUGGUUCGCAUCGUGUGCUGCCCGGACACACUGGACUUUGUCAAGAACCUGCUCAACAUCAUCGACUUUGUGGCCAUCUUGCCCUUCUAUCUGGAGGUGGGGUUGAGUGGUCUGUCAUCCAAGGCAGCUCGAGAUGUGCUGGGUUUCCUGCGUGUGGUGCGCUUUGUACGCAUCCUGCGGAUCUUCAAGCUCACGCGCCACUUUGUGGGGCUGCGUGUGCUGGGGCACACACUCCGGGCCAGCACCAACGAGUUCCUGUUGCUUAUCAUCUUUCUGGCCCUGGGUGUGCUCAUCUUUGCCACCAUGAUCUAUUAUGCUGAGCGAAUUGGGGCCAGGCCAUCUGACCCAAGGGGCAAUGACCACACUGACUUCAAGAACAUCCCCAUUGGCUUCUGGUGGGCCGUGGUCACCAUGACGACACUUGGCUAUGGGGACAUGUACCCUAAGACAUGGUCUGGGAUGCUGGUCGGGGCGCUGUGUGCGCUGGCCGGUGUGCUAACCAUUGCCAUGCCCGUACCCGUCAUCGUCAACAAUUUUGGUAUGUACUACUCCCUGGCUAUGGCCAAGCAGAAGCUGCCCAAGAAGCGAAAGAAGCAUGUGCCGCGGCCAGCCCAGCUGGAGUCACCCAUUUACUGCAAGUCUGAGGAGACUUCGCCCCGGGACAGCACCUACAGUGACACCAGCCCCCCUGCCCGGGAAGAGGGUAUGGUUGAGAGGAAACGGGCAGACUCUAAGCAGAAUGGUGAUGCUAAUGCGGUGCUGUCUGAUGAGGAGGGAGCUGGCCUCACCCAGCCCCUGGCCUCGGCCCCCACCCCCGAGGAGCGUCGGGCCCUGCGACGCUCAGGUACGCGAGACAGAAACAGGAAGGCAGCCGCUUGCUUCCUGCUCAGUGCUGGGGACUACACCUGCGCUGACGGCAGUGUCCGGAAAGGCUGUGAAAAGUCCCGGAGUCUAAACAACAUAGCAGGAGCGACUGGAACCAGUCUGGGGCUGUCUCCACUGGCAUCGCGGUACAGCUCGCCCUAUCCUCCGAGAAAGCUCCUGCUCUCUCACCCCUUCCCCCCUCUCACCAGCCCCCCUCCCGGUCACUCAGGUCCUUAGCUACACCUACGGCCUUCCUCAGCUUUGACACGGGGACGCAUAGCCAAGCAGGCAUGUUUACAUCCCUUAUCCCUCCUGAGGCCUGAGGAAACAGCAGAAGGGAACUUCAGUCAGGAUGGAGAAUUCGAACCCCGGAGCCUGCCCUACACAGCACCUGGCUCCCCCAAAUGUUCAGACAUGGAACCCGAGUGCAAGGGGGAGAUAUUCUCAGAGCUUCUCCCUGAACCAGGUGCUGGCACACACAGGAUCUGCGUCUCUGGGUUUUGCCUCCAGCUCAGGAUCCUAUAGGCCAGGGGGUGCGUGGUGCGUGGAGUAUCUGGAAUUUACUCAACCUUGCCUGCAAGUCAAACCUACAUUUGUAUUUUAAUCACAGAAAUUUCAUUUGCAUCCCUUAUGCCUUUAACCAGUAACCAAACAGCUUGUCUGUCUGUCUGUCUCUCCACCCCACUCCAAGAUCAGCAGGUAACAAGGCUGUCUCAUGGGGCAUCUCUGCUGGUGUAAAGGACACCUGACUCCUUGGAAGAGCAGCACCUGUGGUCAGAGCUGCCCUGGGAGGAGGACCUGGUGUUUUCCAGCUGCAGCAUGGGGCGCAGAUGGGAGUUCCUAGAAUCCAAGUCCCAGGCUUGGUGCAAGCCCCGGGCAGGGUGUCUAAGUGCAGGGAGGCCCUCCUCCCUGAAGCCUGUGCCCAGAUUCAGCGGGUGACACCCCGCGGCCCACCCAGCAUCCCAUCUGUGCCCUGCGCCUCAGCAUCCCUCUCCAUGCUGCUUCCUCUGCUUCCGCGACAGUUUGCUCCCUCUCCCCGCUCCCUCAGAUUCCCAGCCCUGCCUCUGAGUCACCUGCCACUCCCACCCAGCCUCUGCUCUGUAUUCCUGCCAGAACCGGAGACUCAUCUAAUUUCUAUAAUUAAGUGUAUUCAUUUACCUAACGAGGCCGGGAGCACAACAGGUUUGUGAGUCAUUGGGUGAGCAGGGGUACACCUUGCGCGGGGACAGCUGAGGGGAAGUGAGGAGACAGAAGCUCUCCUACCCACACCUGCCACUGGCCCCGCCUGCCCCCAGGAAGCCCCUCCCUCAGCCCAGGGCUAAAGGACAAAAGCCUCAGCCAAGACAUUCCCUGUUUCACCUGAUGGGAAUUGACCUGACAGCGGAGCCACGUGCCUGGCAAUUUUAGGGUCGGAUUACGCAACUUUGGACAGGGAGUGACUACCGGAAGGUCCAUAUUUGCUCCCUACAGGGUAAGGAAGGGACCUGGUGAGAUCGCUUUAGGGACCUGGCAGGAAACUGGGAAACCAGGGGCUCAACUCAAAAGGUGGCCCAGGCAUAAACUGCUGGGGUUGGAGUGCAAAGCAUGGGACAAGCUCUGCCAGCACUGAGCAAACACUAGAUGACCUUCUGGAAGUUCUGUCAGAUCAGGCCCUGGGACACUCCUGUUCAGCCAUGCUCUCCGGGCCUGUAGCCGCUUGCUCGCAGAAGGAGGUGUCUUCUGAGAGCUGAGAUGAGGGGAUACAGGAAAGCCUGUGAAGCAGGGGAAGAUGCUGAGUCUGAAUCUAGCCUCCUUGUGGUAGGUUCGGCCCCACCCAGCAGGGCUCCUGGCACCAGGAGACUGUGGUCUGACAGAUUCAUGAUGAGCCAGGUGUCCAGUUUAGCAUGGGUACCACAGUUAUUUUCUCUGACUUGCUGUUCUGGUUUGGGGAGCUGAGGUAGCUAUUUCUGUGGCAUCCCUCAAGUUGUCAGGAGCCCAAGUUUCCACGGCACCCACCGCCUCCUCCCCUCUUCCCUCCUACGGGGAUGGGCAUGCUCACAGCACCCCAGUGCGGGGCACAGAUGUCCCUGGGCAGCACAGUGCCUCUGCCAGGCUGAAGCCCCUAGUUUUUGUUGGAGGGAUGGGCUCCUAUACCCACCCCCAGUCUCCUAGCUCCAUAGGGAAGAGACAGGUUCAGUUGGUGGGAGAACUUAGGUGAGUUAUCUGCCCUCAGCUACCUCUUAGGACUUUGGUGUUUGCCCAGGGGCUUGGGAAAAAAUAAAGCCAUCAUUUACAGAGUCUCCAUGCCUCCCUCAGAGGCAGUGGUCUAUACAAGUCUCAGGCCCAUCCAGAUGUUGAACGUCCUUCGCUAGGAGAAAGGUCUCUCCCACCGAGGGCAUAGUUAACCUUUCCUUAGAUUGGACUUGGAAUUGGACCUGUUGCUUUGGCUUCUAGAAACCUGGCCCUGUAGCCUGGGACCGGGCCCCCACUUAAAGAGCAAGCAGGCAGCCCAGGAUCAAACUCCUAGCCUUACCUUCCAGACUCUGCCAGGACAACUGAGAACCCUAGAGGUAGCUGUGCAGCCCAGUCUUCUAAGACAAGUGACCGUGAGGCGUCACCAGCAGGAAGGGGCCUGGCCAGUCUACAGCUGGGUCAACAAGGAGUUAGAAAGGAUGCUGGCCGGGCGGUGGUGGCGCACGCCUUUAAUCCCAGCACUUGGGAGGCAGAGCCAGGCGGAUCUCUGUGAGUUCGAGGCCAGCCUGGGCUACCAA